CUCUGUUCCUCUGUAUAGUGGAGAGACUGUAUGGUGGAGUUGUGUGCUUUCCUGAGUGGACCGAAGUGCUUGCUAUAGCAGCUGACUGGUAUACUGACUCUGUCUUCAUUUCACCUCCUCACCCACCAGCCCUGUCUGCUUUGACUAACUGACUCACUGGAUUUCCCCCAGAUGUGAUGCUCCUGUCUUGUAUUGUUCCCCCCUGAGGCUGUACACCUAGUGUUUCAGAGAGGACUCUACCUUUACUGCUCUGUGGAUUCUACUAAAGGAUUUGUAUCCUACCUCUGGGGUUUGUGCAGUUUUAGUGCAGUAUGUCAGACAAAGUGAGUGUGGGGGUAUGUGUAAAUGUCUGUGAAGAUGUGUAUGUAGCUGCUAUGUGUGAGUGGGUAAAUUAGUGUGUAAAAGUGUGUGUGCAUCUCGAGGAACAAAAGGAAAAUAAUAGUUUUUGUUCCUGGAAUAGAUAGAUGGAAUAGACAGAUGGAUACCUUGUUGGGCAGUAAUAGUGUUGAGGAGGUAUCCAUGGGACACUGUGCGCUUCGGACCAUGACUGGGUCAGGUGGACACUGAGAGGGAACGCUGUUGCCUUGGAUGCAGAAGGAGAGGUUCCAGUGCCACUGUGAGAAGCUGCUUCAGUCCCAUCAGAGCUGAGAGGUGUACGGUACAGCAGACACAGAACAGAGAACGCCUCACUACACAGGAAGGCUGAGAACCGAUUGGAGAGGAGCGUGACGACAACAUCCCAACCCAUUCCAACUCUUGCCGUGCCAGGCUACUGCCAACCCCAGGACGCCAUAAUGAUGACCGUAAUGAUGAUGAUGGCGAUGAUGGUGACAUGUAGCUCCCUGCUCCUCUUGGGGCUCAAGGCCUCCCAGGUCUCGUCCAGCGGAAUCACCAAGACCAGCGACUCCUCUUCACCCUCCUCAUCCUCCUCACACCCAUUCUCCUCCUCCUCCCCUCGCAUGAAGCUCUCCUACAAAGAGCUGCAGCAGUUCCAUGGCGUGCGGCGGUUCGAGCUGGAGCGCUCGUGCUGUUUCAGCACUCUUUUAUUGGAUGAGGAGAGAGGACGGCUGUUCGUGGGCGCACGCAACUUCCUCUUGUCACUCAGCCUGGAUAACAUCGCCAAGCAGGAGCACAAGAUCUACUGGCCAGCCCCGGUGGACUGGAGGGAGGAGUGUAACUGGGCAGGAAAGGACAUCAAUACAGACUGUGUGAACUAUGUGAAGAUAGUGCACCACUACAACCGCACCCACCUAUAUGCCUGUGGAACCGGGGCCUUCCACCCCACCUGCGCCUUCGUAGAGGUGGGACAGAAGAUGGAGGACUAUGUGUUCAGGAUUGACCUGUCCAAGGUGGAGGAUGGGAAAGGGAAAAGUCCAUAUGACCCCCGUCACCCUGCAGCCUCAGUACUGAUAGGUGAUGAGCUGUAUGCGGGUGUGGCCACAGACCUCAUGGGACGAGACUUCACCAUCUUCCGCAGUCUGGGGGGACGACCAUCCAUCCGCACUGAACAACACGACUCACGCUGGCUCAACGAGCCUAAGUUUGUGGGUUCGUUCUGGGUGCCAGAGAGUGAGAACCCAGACGAUGAUAAGAUCUUCUUCUUCUUCCGGGAGACGGCGGUGGAGGCUCAGGGACUGGGGAAGUCCACCUACUCCCGCAUCGGACAGCUCUGCAGGAAUGAUAUGGGUGGCCAGCGUAGUCUGGUCAAUAAGUGGACCACCUUCCUGAAGACUCGUCUCAUCUGUUCUGUGCCAGGCAGUGACGGCAGUGACACCUACUUUGAUGAGCUCCGGGACGUAUUCCUGCUGCAGACCAGGGACAGGAAGAACCCUCUGGUCUACACCGUCUUCUCUACCUCUAGCAGUGUAUUCAAGGGAUCAGCUGUGUGUAUCUACACCAUGAAUGACAUCCGCAGGGCCUUCCUGGGGCCCUUCGCCCACAAAGAGGGGCCAAACUAUCAGUGGGUCCCCUUCCAGGGCAAAGUCCCCUACCCACGCCCUGGCAUGUGCCCCAGCAAGACGUUCGGCAGCUUCGAGUCCACCAAGGGUUUCCCUGACGACGUGAUCCAGUUUGCGCGUCACCACCCUCUGAUGUUUAACCCUGUAUACCCCCUGAACCGCCGACCAGUCUUCCUGAGGACCAACGUCGACUACAGCUUCACCCGGAUCGCUGUGGACCGGGUGGGCGCCGCCGACGGGCAGUAUGACGUCAUGUUCAUUGGCACAGACAAAGGGACCGUGCUGAAGGUGAUCUCUGUACCUAAAGAGAGCUGGAAGAACAUGGAGGACCUGCUACUGGAAGAGCUAGAGGUGUUCAAGGAUGCCUCAUCCAUCAUUAACAUGCAGAUCUCCUCAAAGCGGCAACAGCUGUAUGUGGGUUCAGACACAGGUCUGGCCCAGGUUCCUCUGCAUCGCUGCAGUGUCUAUGGGAAGGCCUGUGCUGAGUGCUGCCUGGCCAGAGACCCAUACUGCGCCUGGGAUGGCACCUCUUGCACCCGCUACCUUCCCAACACCAAACGGCGUUUCCGUCGUCAGGACGUGAGGAAUGGAGACCCCAAUACCCUGUGUUCAGGAGACCACCACAAGCACCGCGUGGCAGAGAGGAGGCUGUUUGGAGUGGAGGGGAGCAGUACCUUCCUGGAGUGUAUCCCCAAAUCCCUGCAGGCCAGAGUGACCUGGACCUUCCAGAAACACCCCCACAACCCCAGGGAAGAGCUGCGUCUAGAGGACCGUGUCCUGCACACAGAGCGGGGACUGUUGGUAAGGAGGGUACUGAAACGAGACACGGGCCUCUACCAGUGCCAUGCCAUGGAGCACGGCUUCACCCAGACCCUACUGGACAUCACACUGGAGGUCGUACCCUCCUCUUCCUCCUCCCCUUCUCCACCCGCUGACCCUCUCCUCCGAUUGGACCCCCGUAGCGGCGGCCCACCCUCCACCAGUCAGAAGAUGUGGUACCGGGACUUCAUGCAGCUGGUGGACCACCCCAAUCUUAGCACCGUGGACCAGAUCUGUGAGCAGGUCUGGGCACGCAAGAAUGCCCAAUCAGAAAAGAGCUUCCCGGCUUCCCCUGCCAAACAGGCCCCACCCCUCGGCCCUGUGGUCCAGGCCCCUAACAAGAAGUGGAAGCAUCUUCAGGACAUCCGCAAGGGGAGGAACCGCCGAACCCACGACGGGAAGCCAUCCCCACGAGCACCGCGAAGCACAGGGGAGUAACAACAGUCAGAGAGAGGAGAAGGAGAGGGACUGAUACAGACAGAAUUUAGGGAGAGAGGAAAAAAGAGGAGGAAAAGAGAGUGAUAGAGACCAAGGACUUAUGGAGGGGGUCAACCACACACACACAGCACCUCCUUCUUUGUGAAUAUUUACCUUCCGACACCCCACUAUCUACUGCCCCAUGAUGCUUCACUCUUCCCUGACACCUGACCCAUGACCCCUGACUACCACCCCUUGCUUGUAUUGCCUCCUAUUAAUACCCCAUCCUAAUUCUAUCUGCCCCAGCUGUCAGUCACUUUGUAUGCACUCUGCUGGAGAGCUUCUGAUAGAGACCUCACCACAGCAGAAUAAACUGAACAGACAGCCAGACAGACAGCCAGACAGACAGACAGACAGCCAGACAGACAGACAGCCAGACAGACAGCCUGACAAGUUAAAGGAUGGCUCAGUGUGUGUAACUCAAUCUCUCAACGGAAAUACAACUGGCUCGUAACUGGAAUAUCAGAACGGAAACAGACAUACACACAUUUACAGCCCAUGAUGACAAUGAAUUUGAUGAUGAUGUGGAUGACAAAUCGUGAGAUGGACAAAAACAAUGGGAUCGAGACAGAAUACACAUAACUCCAAAUGCAGAUUGAUCCACAUAGAUAUAAUCACAUUUCACGUGUUUUAUAUGCAAAGAUAACAUAAUGUAGACGUGUGCUUUGUGGUAGAGCUAGGCUUUGAUAUACUUCUUAGCAUUUUGGUCCAAACAACUACAGAUUGGAGAAGGCACUAUACUGUCAUUCCAGUGUAUAUAGAGUACUCACAAUGAGGGUAGAUUCUGAAGCAGAGAGAGUGUACAGGAUCAAUAGAAUGGUUCUAUUGUGAUUUUGUUUUGCAAAAUGGCUGACAAGGUAGAGCAAGUGGAAGAUAUUCUACAUAUAUGUUCAUGGGGUGACGAGAAAUAUGUCUUGUGUUUUAUUUAGUCUUUUAUUUAAAUGACCUGUGUGUAUUUUCUGAUUGUAAUGACUUGUGUUGUGUGCUGACACAAUUACAUGUGGGAGUUGAGAUGGUACUAGUGACAGACUGCACAACAUCAAUGUGGGUGGAAUUAUUAGGCCUUGUGAAAGAAUAGUAGACUUUAAAUACGACAUCCCAUCUUUGGGCUAAAAGCAUGAUAUUUAUGUGUGAAAACAUCUUGAUUUUUAUUCUAAAUGGUACCUACUUUGUUCUUUUACACUGUUUAUGUAGAUGUGUGCAUGUGCGUGUGUGUGUGCGUGUGUGCGUGUGUGUGUGCAUGUGUGCGUGCGCGUGUUGGCAAGAGAGCUGAAGAGUGUUUCUGGUCCCUGCUAUGUAAUAUGUCCAAUAUAUCAUAAACACAUUCAGACAAAUAUCACCACUGAGGUGCCAAGAAUUGCAAAAAAUGACAGUUUUGUCUGAAUUCAUGGACAAUAAUCAGGUACAAUGAAACAAAAUGAUAAAGUACAGACAUUAUAAGAACUCCCCUCCUUGCUGCUUUUUCUGUAGGCCCGUCUCUGUGUGUCAAUUACACAGGAUAGUCUCUGUGUGUCAAUUACACAGGAUAGUCUCUGUGUGUCAAUUACACAGGAUAGUCUCUGUGUGUCAAUUACACAGGAUAGUCUCUGUGUGUCAAUUACACAGGAUAGUCUCUGUGUGUCAAUUACACAGGAUAGUCUCUGUGUGUCAAUUACACAGGAUAGUCUCUGUGUGUCAAUUACACAGGAUAGUCUCUGUGUGUCAAUUACACAGGAUAGUCUCUGUGUGUCAAUUACACAGGAUAGUCUCUGUGUGUCAAUUACACAGGAUAGUCUCUGUGUGUCAAUUACACAGGAUACCGUUGCUGCCUUGUGUUCAGCAAAACCUGUUUGUCCUCUGUGAAGUGGUGUGAGUAGAGCGCAACCUAGUGAUUUUUCCAUGUACAGACCUGGCCUGGUCCAAGGACUUUCUGUGGUGAUUCAAUAUACUGACAUAUAGUCUGUUGUGAAAGACAAGUGGCUUUGUAAAAUAAAACAUGCUUUUACUUUUUCCCUUAUCCCAGUGGAAUCGACGAGAGCGUUUAGAUGUAUUAAAUCCUGUCUGUUAUUUAUACCUGCUUUAUAAAGAUGUCAUUAUUAACUCUUGAAUGACUGAGGAAAAUAAGUUAAGUGGACUGUAGUUUUGUGCUCUUUAAUUGCAUGACCAAUGUUAGUGGCUACAUAUGGACAUUGGAGACUUUGGCUGCCUCCCUAAAUGGCACCCUAUUCCCUAAAGUGCACUGCUUUUGACCAAGGCCUACAGGGUCAAAAGCAGUGCACUAUGUAGGGAAUAGGGUGCCAUUUGGGACAUACGCUUUGAGAUAGCGCAAAGGCCUGCAGAUGGCGAUAUUGAGUCAUUUCAUCUUACCGUCCAAAUGGAAUGGAAUGCAGCCGGCUGUACACUCAUGUCCCACGUCGACCUGUUCGUACAUCAAACAUUCUCCAUUCAGGCUACAAAUGUAUACAUUUCAUCCUUAACUUGACUUAAUGGUGAGAAAGCAGAUAGAAAUGGGGAAAAUAUGCAUACUUUAUGAAACACCAUUUUCCACCACCAUGCUACAGUAGCUAAUGCUAGUCCUGGAUGAUGCAUAUCGUGUUCAGCCAAUCAGGUUGCAGCAAUACGCAACAUCCAAAUAUAAAAUAAAAUAAAAUUGUAUUGGUCACAUAAACAUAUUUAGCAGAUGUUAUUGUGGGUGUAGCUAAAUGCGUGCGUUUCUAGCUCCAACAGUGCAGCAGUAUCUCACAAUUCACAACAAUACACACAAAUCUAAAAGGAAAAUAAUGGAAUUAAGGAAUAUAUAAAUAUUAGUGCUAAUAUUUAGCUACUCUAUCAUGAUGGUGGAAAAUAGAGUUUCAUUGUGAGUACGCAUAUUUUCCCUAUUUUUUCUCUCUACCUUCUCGCAAUGACAUUGGGUUAAGGAGAAAAUGGGCGCCUUAGCAGCCUGAAUGGAGAAUGUUUUAUGUACGAUCCGGUCCAGGGGGAUGGGAGUGUGUACAUUCCCUUUGGAUGGGAGGAUGAAACGACUCAUGUGCCGGCCUUUGGGCUACUUCUGAGAAGUGUGACUGAGUUGAGAAAGCACAAUGUCAAUAUGGUUAUGCUAUGUAUUUAUGUGUGCAGAUAAGCUAAUAUGAUGUGGAGGAAUGUUUUGUUUUCUUGUAGAGACUAAGGGCUCUAUUCAAUCUGUAUUGCUGAAGCGGUAGAGUUUGCACACGAGAAAUGUUAAGGCAGUUUCCGAUUGAGCUGCCUUUAAAUUUCAAUCACGCUGAAACGCUGAACUUCUGUGAUACGGAUUGAAUAGAGCACUUAUAUUUGUACCAUAGGCCUACACAUUCUCCCAAAAAUACCAUAAUUUAAAUCAUCUAUCUGUAAAUGUUGAUCCGGUUGUCCAAUUAGCAUCAUUGUUCUUUACACUGCCCUCCAAUCGCUGAUCCUUUCUAUUCCUUGCUAUGUUACGCACCCCAACAUUAUUUCUGAGAGAGAAAGAGUGUGUGUGUCUGUGUGCGUGCGUGAGUGUUUUGUGUAUAUUUGGGGGAAAGGAGAGCUGAUAUUGGUUAAGGAGGAGAGGUGGUCUGUGAAGACAGUUCAAAGUUCAAGGCCAAAGUUGACAUGGUGCACUGUAUUACUUCCAAAGUUCUUUGUGGAUUGUUAUGUCAGAUUGUUUUUAACACAAUAAAAUACCCAGUUACUUUA